AUGGAGAAUGAACAUACCGUUGCAACAUCGUCAACAUCUCCAACAACUAGCACUUCUUCUACAUCCCAUCCUUCCCAUCCUCCUCCAAUCUCAGUAUACAGCAGCACGGAUCGCCAUGCCGUGCAGGUCAUUCAGCAAGCAUUGAACCGUCCUCCGAGCUCUGCAGCCCAGUAUCUUCAGCAGAUGUACGCAGCCCAACAGCAACAUCUAAUGCUGCAAACAGCAGCCCUGCAGCAACAACACUUGAGCAGCUCCCAGCUCCAGAGUCUGGCCUCUGUCCAGCAGGCAGGUGUGUCUGGCGACAGACAGUCUGUUUCCCCCACUACGGCUAACCAGCAAUCAAGUGUCCCACAGCCAUCUCUCAAUCUAUCGUCUUCACCUCCACCUACCCAAAUCAUAAGCCGAUCACAGACAUCUAGUACCACAAGCAGCAGUAUCACCCAAAAAACAAUGCUACUGGGAAGUACAUCACCCACGCUGAGCGCAAGCCAGGCUCAGAUGUAUCUGCGAGCUCAAAUGCUCAUUUUUACACCUGCUGCCACAGUUGCAGCUGUGCAAUCUGACAUUCCAGUGAUUUCGUCAUCAACAUCUUCAACUUCUUGUCAGUCAUCAGCUACUCAGGUACAGAAUUUAACACUACGGAGUCCACCAAUACUGGAAAUAUCGUGUCCACAAAGCAGUCCACCAAAAAUCAGCAACCAAGACCAACCACUGGCUAUGUGUCACAAGACUACUGUAACCAGUUCCAAAGCCGUACAUGCUGAUUCUAAUGAGACAAGCCGUAAAGGUGAAAGCCCUGGUUCAGAGUCGCGCUGCACAGCGGUAACACGAACAGCAAGUUUGCAUCAGCUGAUAGCUCCAGUAUCAUAUUCUUCAGUCCAGCCACAUGCUCUAACUAAGCACCCCACAAUCCAGCUACACCCAGAUCCACCAAAGCUGCCGCAUCAUCAAAUGAUAUUGCAACAGCAGCAGCAGAUACAACAUCGACAUCAGAUUCAGACCAUUACAUUACAUAACCCAGCCUUAGAGUCUCCAACAUCCCAUCACUGUGUGCCAAUGCAGAGCCCAGCAUUUCUACCACUUCCCAGCAGUGCUCAUUCACAUCACAGUACCCCUAUACCGACUCCUCCUCCUGCAUCACCCACUCUCUCCCAGUCUGCCCAGCAAUCUGUGGUAGUGUCUCCUCCACCAGCACAGUCCCCUUGUCAGUCACCCACUAUCAUUAUUCACCCACAGGCACUUAUUCAGCCACAACCACCACUUCUUGUACAGUCAUCUCUUCCAUCUAGAGAAAAUCCACAUCUAAUACAGACCACACUGCAUUCAGCAUCACCAGUGGCUCUUCCAACCCAUGCUUCAUCUGUAGUAACACCAGGAAGCCAGCCUGGAUCAUCACAUCUACAAACUGUCACAGCAUCUGGGCAACCAUUAAUGUCACCCAUAGCACCAACCAAUCAGUCAUCACUCCAAACUCUUCCUCCUUCAUCAGUAUCAUCUCCUCAUUUACCCACGUCUCAUUCUUCCCAGCUGCAAGCCUUGCCACUGCAGUCUAUGCAGGCAAUAUCUGUGCAGCCUGAGAUGUUAACCCCAGGCCAGGUUCUGGUGCAGAAUGCUUUGCUUACUGAAGAAGAACUUCCUGCAGCAGAAGCACUUGUUCAGCUGCCAUUCCAGACACUUCCUCCACCUCAGACUGUUGCAGUAAACCUCCACAUACCACCAGCACAAGUGGAGCAACCAGUGGUUUACCAAGUGGAAAAUAUGUGCUCAGAGGAAGUGCCAGUGAUGCAGCAAGACUGUGAUUGUGUCAUUACUCAGACCCCUACACCUCCAACACUUUCUCCCCCAGCACUUCCUAUAGGCAGCGGAGAGGAGCUUCCUGUAGAUCAUAUCUUUCAAGAAUUCUUAGGUCUCCCAAGCGUGGUAUCUUCAGUGAGUGCCUCAGUUAUUAAGUCACCUUCGGACUCCUCCUAUGCCUCCAUACCUGCACCUCCUCUUCUUUUACCAGCUGCUACUACAAGAAGCAAUAGUACACAGAAGCCUAACAGCAUCCCCGGUUUGGAUAGCAAGCUUCCUCAAGCCAUAGUGAAACCGCAGAUCCUAACUCAUGUCAUUGAAGGAUUUGUCAUUCAGGAAGGUCUUGAACCAUUUCCUGUAAAUCGGUCUUCCCUCCUGGUGGAGGAACCUGCCAAAGGGCAGUUGCCAUUGGAUGAGCAGAUAAUGAACAUGGCUGAUAUGGAGUCUGAUAUUCAGAGCACAGCUAAACUCCCCGACAACUCUACAGACACUGAGGUGGAAGACCUGACUGCUGAGGAAGGUGUGGAUGAACUAGAAUGUGAGCUAUUGGAGUGUGAAUAUUGUGGGAAAACAGGAUAUCCAAACAAGUUCCUGAGGUCGAAGAGGUUCUGCUCUCUGUCAUGCGCAAAAAGAAAACGUCUUGGACACUACAAGGCUGAAAAAAGCAGUAGAUGGAAUAGAAAGAUGGAAGGAAAUAUAGGGAGGCGUGGUAGGCGUUCACACAGUUCUGGAGGGUCAGUCCGAGAGCACUACCUAAGACAGUUGCCUAGUACCUAUGCAUGCAGUGAAGAAGCCUUGGGGGAUUUCCAAGAGGAUUCUCUUCCAGCGCCUAUGACCACACGGCUACGUCGACAGAGUGAGAGAGAGCAGGAAUUACGCCUCCUUCAAGCAAGACAUACGCCCUCACCAUCUCUGAUGCCUCCAGAUACUCAAACAGAGCCAUCACUAUGGACAGUUGAAGACGUAUGGGCGUUCAUACAUUCUUUACCAGGAUGCCAUGAUAUCGCUGAUGAGUUUAGGACACAGGAGAUUGAUGGACAGGCUCUUCUGUUACUAAAGGAAGACCAUCUCAUGAGUACCAUGAAUAUUAAGCUAGGACCAGCCCUGAAGAUCUGUGCUCGUAUUAAUUCACUAAAGGAUACGUAG